UGUCAUUCACAUGGAAGCAUUAUAGUUCUUCGGAGCCAUUAUGAUCUCAAAAGGAAAGGAGAAUGAUACAGAUACACUGGCUGAGGUGUUUUGAGGUGCAUCGAAGUGUUCCAAGCUGUGGCUUACCUUAACAUGUCCUUGAAGUACCAUGGCGUGGAUUAAAAGGAAAUUUGGUGAGCGGCCUCAACCUAAGCGACUCACUAGGGAAGCGAUGCGGAAUUAUUUAAAGGAGAGAGGGGAUCAAACAGUACUUAUUCUUCAUGCAAAAGUUGCACAGAAGUCAUAUGGAAAUGAAAAAAGGUUUUUUUGCCCUCCUCCUUGUGUGUACCUUAUGGGCAGUGGAUGGAAGAAAAAAAAAGAACAAAUGGAACGCGAUGGUUGUUCGGAACAAGAGUCUCAGCCGUGUGCAUUUAUUGGAAUAGGAAAUAGUGACCAAGAAAUGCAGCAGCUGAACUUGGAAGGAAAGAACUAUUGCACAGCCAAAACAUUGUACAUAUCUGAUUCCGACAAGAGAAAGCACUUCAUGUUAUCUGUGAAGAUGUUCUAUGGCAAUAGUGAUGACAUUGGUGUGUUCCUCAGCAAGCGGAUAAAAGUUAUCUCCAAACCUUCCAAAAAGAAACAGUCCUUGAAAAAUGCUGACUUGUGCAUUGCAUCUGGAACGAAGGUGGCUCUGUUUAAUCGACUUCGCUCCCAGACCGUUAGUACCAGAUACUUGCAUGUGGAAGGAGGUAAUUUUCAUGCCAGCUCACAGCAGUGGGGAGCCUUCUACAUUCAUCUCUUGGAUGACGAUGAAUCCGAAGGAGAAGAAUUUACGGUCCGAGAUGGCUACAUCCACUAUGGACAGACAGUCAAGCUUGUGUGCUCAGUUACUGGCAUGGCGCUCCCACGAUUGAUCAUUAGGAAAGUCGACAAGCAGACUGCCUUACUGGAUGCAGAUGACCCCGUCUCGCAGCUCCAUAAAUGCGCAUUUUACCUUAAGGACACAGAAAGAAUGUACUUGUGCCUUUCUCAAGAGAGAAUCAUCCAGUUUCAGGCCACUCCUUGCCCAAAAGAACCAAAUAAAGAGAUGAUAAAUGAUGGCGCCUCGUGGACAAUCAUCAGCACAGAUAAGGCAGAGUACACGUUUUAUGAGGGAAUGGGCCCUGUCCUUGCCCCAGUCACUCCCGUGCCUGUCGUGGAAAGCCUUCAGUUGAAUGGUGGCGGGGACGUCGCGAUGCUUGAACUAACAGGACAGAAUUUCACUCCAAAUUUACGAGUGUGGUUUGGGGAUGUCGAAGCGGAAACUAUGUACAGAUGUGGUGAGAGCAUGCUGUGCGUUGUCCCAGACAUUUCUGCAUUCCGAGAAGGUUGGAGAUGGGUCCGGCAGCCAGUCCAAGUUCCAGUAACUUUGGUCCGUAAUGACGGAAUCAUUUAUUCCACCAGCCUUACUUUUACCUACACCCCCGAACCAGGGCCCCGGCCGCACUGUAGUGCCGCAGGGGCCAUCCUUCGAGCCAGCUCAAGCCAAGUGCCCCCCAGUGAGUCCAGCACAAACAGCGAGGGAGCUUACACAAGCGGCAGUACAAAUGCGACCAGCGUCACAUCGUCCACAGCAACAGUGGUGUCCUAACUACCGUCUUGGCCAGGACUCAAACUGACUAGAGUGCUGCAAAAAGGUGACAGACAACAUAAAACAGGAAGGAAAGGAAAGGAAAGACAAAAAAGAGAAAAACGAACAUUCUUUUGUGGUUUCUUGGGAAAACUUUCCUGUCAGUCAGGUGAUACGAUUCUGAAACUCCUGCCACUGCAAAAGCUGACUCGCAAUGCUGAAGCCGCCGUCAAACGAAGCAAGCUGCCAAGUGUAAGAACCCUGUUGGAAAUCGGUUCUUUCAGCGGUGUUUUUUAUCUGUUUGGUCAGUUGUUUUUUGUUUGGUUUUGUUUAAAUGGGCAAGAAAUAAAAAUAUGGCCGGACUGAGAGUUAAGCAAACUAACAUAGUUUUUAUGGACCAAGGACCUUGUAUAAGCUUUAGCAAAAGGUACAUGUUCACCUUACCUUUUUUAUAUUACAGUAUAUAUAGUACACCUUUUGUUACCAAAUAGAUUGUUCCUCUUGGCGCCCACUCUGAGCGUUUGCUCUGAAGUACAUUCAGUUCCAUGGCUGACCAGGCCUGGUUAAUCUAAGUACCACACUUUCCCAGGUUCUUUGCCUUUGGUUUUUGUGUGGCCUGAGGCUGGAACCAUUUUUAAGCUGAAGUAACUUUCCAUGAGUGGAAGUGGUUUGGAUUUCAGCUAGUCAAAUCUUGUAAAGGCCUGCAUCUUUUUUUUUUUUUUUUCCAGAUUAUAUGAAGUCUGCAAAAGCUUUAAAAAAAAUGCCUCUGCCUUGCCUGCAGUGCAUGCAGUGUGCGCUAGCUUCGUGUCUGUUCUCGGCCGCUGCUGUUAGUCAUUCCAGUGUUUUCCUGUUGCCGUUGUUUCAAUGUAUUUAUAGUGGCCAUUCAAGAAGCUCUAGCACUGACAUGACAUUCAGUGUGGCCAUGCUAUCGUCAGUGAGGGAAUGGCACAUUCCCUGUUGGUGUUCGACCCCUUUCUCAGACACAGACAUAUCUGGGUUCCAGGAUUUGUUCAGGUUUCUCUUUCUCUCCUGCUCUUGUACAUAACUUGUAUUAUGUGUGUGUAAGUUAAACAUUUUAUUUUGAGUUUGAAAUCUUCCCCGUGAUUUCAUUCAGCAGGCUGCCUCCUGGCUUGUUGACAAAUGCUGGGAGGAGUGUUUGCUGCCCACAGGUAGAUGAGGGGCGGGGGUAGGGAGGGUUUUAUUGUAUGAUGAGGAAAGAAAAUCUCAGCAAAAGUUUUUUUAUUAUCUCUACUUUUUGUUGUUUUUAUUUUUUGUAGCCUAGGCCAAAACAUCGUCAUAAUCUUAAAACAUGCCUUUCUAGAUGAUGAGCUAAAAUAGCUGGGAGCCAGUACAAUACUACAGAAUCAGCUGAAGAUGAUGAAAACAUAACUUAUCUCUUGUCCUGGCCCCCUGUACUGAGCAUCUCCACACCUGUACUCCCCGGGUCCACAAAUUCCCGUUUCUUUUCCAUCCAGGCCAGAUCCGGGCCCUCUAAGGGUGCUGGUCUCUCAGGUCCCCUGCCGUUCUGCAUUGCUCCCAUUGCUGGACUCUGAUGACGCCUUUGGUUCCUUAGACAUUGCCGCCGACUCGUUGGGCGUUUAGGACAGGAACCUCCUGUGUCAGGUUGUAGGGCACCGUCUAGGAAAUACAAUCAUCCUCUUUGAGUAAAAACUACCUCUAGACUGCGGUAAGCUUUUACUGUCCCAUAGGUACCUGAGGAAUGCAACUCCAUGUACCUUAAGAUUGCAAAUCUGUCAUGCCCUACAGUGGUUCCUGAUGGAGCGCUAGCCUAUCUUGAUAUUGCCAUCCAUCUCUAUGUUGUUGUUAGGUGCCGCGGAGAUGGUCUCCCCCCCAGUGACCCUAUAACCAGCAGCACAAAACAAUGCCCGGUCCUGUCAUAGCCUCACAGAUAGUGUUAUCUGUAAGUCCAUGGUUGUAGUCACUGUAUCGAUCUGUUUAAUUGAGAGUUACGCCUCCCUUUCACCAGCCCUCUACCAAGCAUGAUGUCGUUAACUAGGGACUGGCCUCUCCUGGUAAUGUGUCCAGCUAUAGACUUAAAAACAAAACCAUGAUUAGUGCACCUUUGGUUGUUUUUUUUUAUGUCAGCUUGGUUUUUGUUUUUUUUAUAUCAGCUUUGCUAUCUCGUUCAUUCACUGUUUUGCUCAAACCCUGCCACUGCCAUGCAAUUUCUACCAUCUUUACCUGUUUCUGUAGUUUUCAGGUGAAAUUCAUCUGUGAAACAAGGAGGUAGUUCAUUCAAUAUUAUCGUAGUUUUCUCAUCCGGAGCCUUGACAAGUACCCCUCCCCUGCCCUCCUCUCCCCUCCCCUCCCUUCCCCUGAUGCUUCAGUCAACCCCUUAGCCUUCUCUUUUCAAAUCUACUCUAGUCACUAGCUUCUCUUGAAUCUACUAACCCUGCCUCACACCUCAGCGCUAUGUCCGGAUCAAGGGCAGAACUCGUGGCCUUAUCUUUGUUUUCGCGGUGCACUGCUUCUCCAGGCUCGGCGCAUGGUGCAUUUUGUUCAGAGCGUGGACCUGCUUUCAGUGCUGCUUGACUUUGAAGGGGCCACAAGUUUCCUCCACGUCUUUGGUUUGGUGUUUAGUUAAAAAAUUAUAUUAAAUUCACCAAUAGCAAGAUAGGAGAUGCUUUUGAAAGAACAAGCUAGGCCAUUCCAGGCUUUGCAGCUCAGAGUAAUUUUUGCAAGUUUGUGGCUUUAUGAAAGUGAACUUUUAUUUCAUGUCAGUAUCCUGUUUUCCAAUGAGAUCACUGAAGUAUUAGUUUGCGCAUCCUUUCCUGGUUUUGUCUGAAAGUCCAAGAAUGUGCUUUGGGCAUUUGCCCCAACUGUCUUAUAAAAUGCCAUCUACAUACUGCAAACAAGAGAGUGAAAUGAUUUAUCUGGUCUAGCUUAUUCUUUCUCAGUUUGUUUGUUUGUUUUAGUCAGUCAGCUGCUUUAAAAGAAACAAAACCUGUUCUCUGGAUUUGUGGGUUCUUUUCUCCCCUCCCAGUCCUGCCCUGGCUUGAGCGGCUGGCUGUUGGCACAUCGGUGACUGUGCCCGUUAACGUGCGGGCGCUGCUUCCUAACCUGUGUCUGAAAGCCUCCUGACUAUGCAAUGUCUAGACAUAGGCGCAUGGACGCAGAGCCGGUGACCCAGUGGUCUUCUUUAGCUUUUCCUUGGGCUGCCUCUGCAGAUGGAGACGGCAGGUGGAAGUCUCUGGAUAGAUGGAGGCUGGGUGGAGACAGACCCUUUCUAUUUUGUGUGAUUUCUAAGUUGAACACUAGCAUCGUACCUGCUGCUGACUUUCUUCUUAUGCCUUUGCCAACGCACGGUACCCCGCUCCCCCCAAUAUGCUUAUGAACUCAAUAGCUCACUUCAUAGACUUUUUUUUUUUUUUUUUACAAUUGGUGUGUUUUGUUUUCUUCUUAAGUUUUAGGGAUCUUUCCCACCCACCCAUUUAAACUGGUUUCAUCUGAGCCCACCUGGAUAAUUCCCAAUGCCUUAUUAUUAUUGAGAACAAAGAGAAGUAACUAUUCUUGUUUAACUAGAUAAUCAACAGGGCCUUUCUCUUUUCAAAUCAGAAUGCUAUUCCAGGCUGUCUGAAGCAGCGGGGUCUCUGUCGCUCUCUGUGCCAGACUUGUGAUUCUGUUUUCAAGCACUGAAACGUGGAGUGGAUGGUUAGAAACAAUAAUAUAUUAGGGUUUCUAGUUAACACUUUCAGGACUGAACAGUGUCUCCUCUUAAUAUCUCCCCCCUCCCUCCCUUUCCCCGAUGUGAUCAAUGUUCACCAGCAUUCAGUGCUGUGCUGGCCCAGGCAUGGGUUUAUCUGCUCGUUUUUUGCUUAUUUAUAAUAAUAAUAAGCUUAUUUCUUAUAACCUUGCAGCAUGCUCUAUGCAUUCAGUCCUUAAGGGGUUUAUUUUGCAGACUGUGCGCCUGUAAGGUUUAUUAGCAAUAAGAUAGAAAAUGGAGCAAUUUAUACCAUAAUUUUGUAGGAAAAAUAAAAAUAAAAAAAAGAACAUCUGCCCAGCCCCAUAUUUCAUCUAUGAGAAACCUGCAAUACAGGCAGUUCUGAGGAAUAAAUAAAAAUGAACUGUAAACCGUU